AUGGAGUUCUACUCAUCCGUACAUCAAAUGACCAAAUUGGUGCAAUUUGAAGCGGUCUUUUUGCGGCAUAUGCAAAAAUAUAUAAAAGCUAAUGAAAAUAAGUUGGAAUUUCUGAAGGCUCGGUUGGAAGAAUUGGAAGCAGAUCGCGAUGAAGCACUUCGAGAAGGGGCGGAUUACUUUGAGAGCCCGUUAAAUAUGUAUAUGCUAACCAAACGCUUGACAAUGGAUUGGGAGCGUGUUGAAAACCUUAUGCAAUAUGAAUCAGGAAAAAAAUCACUCAACGCAAUUGAGCGCUACAAGGACGCCAUUCCAUAUCCUGGAACUUCCGAAUUAGAUGGCGCUAUUGACGGCUUAGUGCGCAUACAGGAUGUCUACCGGCUCAACACAGCAGAUAUGGCUCAAGGUAUACUGGAUGGUGUAAAGUAUGACGUCAAUCUAGAUGCCCGUCUUUGUUUUGAUAUUGCGAAAUACGCUGCCAAAGAAAAUAAAACGCGACUCGCUCAUGCAUGGGCUACAGAAGCGCUACGCUUGCGCAACGUCGAAGUGUUACCCAGCGAAAUGCUUUCGGUAGAAGAGAAAAUCGAUAAGGCAGAAGUUUUGUUGAUGCUGGCCAAAACAAAAACGGAGCUGGGAGAUUUGAAGGGCGCAAAUCAAACCUUAGCGGAGUUGGUGCAGUUGCGUCCAAAUGUCGAGAACUAUACAACGACUUACUUGCAUUUUCAGGCCAAAUAUUUUGAAAGUGAAUAUGCUAGCGUUAAUCUAACGGAAGACCAUGAACCAUUACCAACCAACCUAUUCACUACCGAUCCCCCCACGCUUUACAAACACAUUUGCAAUGGCUUAUUUACGCAAAGCCCGAGCGAAGAACGUGAUCUACGUUGUGGCUACCUCACCGAGACGCAUCCUUUUUUACUGCUUGCACCCAUAAAAGCCGAAGAACUAAAUCACUAUCCUUUGCUUGUGCUCUAUUACGAUGUGCUUUCGGAUGCUGAAAUCGAGAUAAUGAGAAGUUUAACAAAAAAUCGCAUUGUACGUUCGAAAAUCUUUGGUGCUAAUGAAUCUGUUGUCUCACGUGUGCGCACAAGUCAAGCCAUAUUUUUACCGAAAACAGUGCACAAGAUACUGCAGACGAUUGAUGUGCGUGUUGAGGACAUGACAAAUUUAAAUAUGAACUUUGCAGAGGAUCACCAGUUUCAGAAUUAUGGCAUCGGUGGGCAUUAUGAACAACAUUAUGAUUGGUUUGAUUUAAGUUUGGUGAGGAGGAUUUAUUUCGAUAAAGAAAUGGGCAAUCGAAUUGCAACAGUUUUAUUUUAUUUAACUGAUGUCGAGCAAGGCGGCGGCACUGCUUUUCCCUAUCUCAAACGUUUGUUAAAGCCCAAAAAGGGUGCUGCGGCUUUCUGGUACAAUCUGCAUGCUAGUGGCGAAAAAGAUCAACGUACUCUCCACGGAGGUUGUCCGAUUAUCGUCGGCUCCAAGUGGGUACUCAAUCGUUGGAUACGUGAACAUGAUCAGAGUGAGCGCCGUCCCUGUGAAUUAUGGUCUAAUGUAUAG